AAGCACCUUUAGCGAAAAAAUACCUUAAUUAAACAAAAUGUUCCGCCUUGCUGUUAUUUGUUUCUGUGUAUCAUCGAUCUGGGCUUUGCCUUCUUCACCCAGGGAUUCAAAAUUGUCACCCUUCAAACGUACAGGUCCCAGAAUUAUUAAUGGAGACGAAGCCAGUGAAGGUCAGUUUCCUUGGCAAACCGGCAUAUAUAUAACUGCAGAUGAUGGGUAUUUUUUUUGUGGAGGUAGCAUAAUCAGCGAGGAAUGGAUUCUUACUGCUGGACACUGUUCUGCCCAAGUCGUAACUGGAACUCUCGAUGCAAAUAAUGGAUUAUUUUCAAACGCAUCUACUUUUAUUCUGCAUGAAGGGUAUGAUGAUUAUACAACCGCUAAUGACAUUGGGCUAAUUAAGCUUGAUACACCUUUAGAACUGGGUGGAAACACAGAUAUUGUAAACUUGGCAUCCGAUGAACUUGAAGCUGAUGUCGAUAUCACAGUCAGUGGUUGGGGUCUAACCAGCGACUCUGGUUCUACGAUAAGCGAAUCACUAAAUUAUGUCGAGCUUCGUACCAUCACAAACGACGACUGUAAUCAGUAUUAUGGACCGGGGGCAGUCCUUCCGGAAAUGGUAUGUGCCAAUUCUCCUACAUCUGAAGUUAGGGGCACCUGUAACGGCGAUAGUGGCGGUCCAGUAAUAAUAAACCCUGACUCAAAUCCAAUUCACGUCGCUAUUGUUAGCUUUGUUAGCAACCAAGGAUGCGAGAGCGGUAUUCCUUCUGGGUACACCAGAACCGCGUACUAUAGAGACUGGAUUAAGGAAAAUGCUGGAGUGUGAAAAUGAAAGUAUAAUAUGUGUAAAUACAACAACAGAAAAUAGUGGAUUAUA